GCAAGGACCAUGAGUCAGCGAGUGAUAGCAGCGGCCGCAGCAGGCGGGGCAGUGCUUGGUGCAGCUGUGGGUGCGGUAGCCAUGUACCUCUCAACCAGGCCAGUGCGGGAAGAAGCGCGGUCCAUGGCGCCCGAGGCCAAUCCAGAUCCGGUGCUGGAUGCGUCUGCCGAGCUGGCACGGCGUGUGGAGAGCGGCGAGUUUGAGCGGCUGGAGCCGAACACGGCGCACACGCGCGAGACGCUGCUGUAUCCGCUGAUCGAAGGCGAUGUGUUUGAUCGGCAGCGGUGUGUUGAUGGGUGGGAUACCAAGAACAAGGGCAUCGAAGAGACGGUGGCGCUGGUGGCCGGCGUCGGCGGUGUCGGGUCCAACGUGGCCAUGGCGCUGGCCCGGAUGGGCGUGGGGCGCAUUGUGCUCAUCGACAUGGACACGGUCGACGCGACCAACCUCAAUCGGCAGAUUCUGUUCACCAAGUACGAUGUCGGCAAGCGAAAGGUUGUCGCGGCGGCGGAGAACCUGGAAGCGAUGCACGGGCUCGGCAGCCGGAUCGAGACGCUCGAUCUCGACGUGGUGCGCAACUGGGACAAGGUGGUGGCGGCAGCAGCCGAGGCGACAGUCAUCUUCAACUGCAUCGACUAUGGCGGAGUGGCAGACAAGGCGUUGGCGUCACUGGCGUACGCCGAGGGCAUUCCGUACGUCUCGGCGUCGACGUACGGCAACGUGUUCCAGAACGAGUUCUACACGUCGGUGCCGGGCGAGCUCUGCUGGCGCGAUGCGUGUGAGGGCAACAUGGCGGCGUCGCCGUCGCAGCUGGAGAGCCUGGCGAGCGAGCGCGGCGUGGAGGUCAUCGACGCCGAGUCGGGCGCGGCGAUUCUUCGCGAUCACUUCAAGGUCACCGAUCCGCUGGUGAAGGAACUCUUCGCUGGCUGGCUCGCCGACCUCGAUGCAGAGGCGCUCUCGCCACGCGACUUUUACACUCUCAUCAUCCGCGGCAAGUACGACAAGUGGCUCGACACGCAGCUUCACCCGUCGCUCAUCCGUAGCCAUCAGUCGAUCGAGUUCAUUCCGGCGGACCCGCACGACACCCGCGGACAGGGCUCGUGGGUUGUGGUCUGCACCGUCGGCACGCUGCUCUCGGUCAAUCUCUGGGUGCAGCACAUGCUCGGGUACCCGACAAUCUCGUCGACGGUGUGCGAUCUGCGGCACUUUGACGUUGCCGCCGAGUUUGGCCCGUUCACCAACUUUAAUGCCUUUGCGCCUGCGCCGUCGUCGAACCACCCGUGGGCGACGCCAGUCGAUGCGCUGAUCAAGGGCAAGGAGGCGGAGGAGUAGCUCGCGUGUACAGGCAAGCCCUGGGUGCUUCAGCGCUUGCGCGAGAGCUCGGCAAGAGCCUUGCGCUGGGCAAAAAGUUCUUGGGUAAAGACAACCGAGGCGAGG